AUGGCAGGUGACGAAGACACAUCAGCAUUAUCAAUGUGCAUCGAAAACGAUAUGAUUCAUCAACCAACAACAACGUGUUUAACAUCAAAUGUAGUAGCAAAACUUGCUGCAAAUAUUCACAUUUAUGAAGCAGCAAUAAGUUAUGGAGAUUUGGCUGAUAAUGAUGAACAAGGUGAAGGUCGAGGUUCAACCACCAAUGAAAGGUGUGAAGUCCAUUCACGAAAAUUAUUUUAUCCAGCAACUCAAUUAAAAUUAGAAGAAUUAGUUGGACGUCUUUGA